GAGAUCCCCGGUGGGUACUGGGACCGCGCUCAGCCUGAGGUUUGGAGGCGGCCUCCUACAGGAAGCGACUUGAGACCUGAGAUUUUUAGACUGACUAUGGGUUCGCUGGAAUAAAAAGGAAGAAACAAACAGCAUUGCAGGCAUCGGGACUGUCACGUAUUUGAUAAGAUCAAAGCUGCAGGAAAAUGGACAGUGAGGUUCAGAGAGAUGGAAGGAUCUUGGAUUUGAUUGAUGAUGCUUGGCGAGAAGACAAGCUGCCUUAUGAAGAUGUCGCAAUACCACUGAAUGAGCUUCCUGAACCUGAACAAGACAAUGGUGGCACCACAGAAUCUGUCAAAGAACAAGAAAUGAAGUGGACAGACUUAGCCUUACAGUACCUCCAUGAGAAUGUUCCCCCCAUUGGAAACUGACACUUGGCUCCUUUCUUGUAUAUGGAUUUUCUAAAAGCACACAGAUAAAGCAUGUUUUGUUUCAGUCUCCUAAAUCAAAUCUUUGAGUAAUAAAUCAGCACUCAAAAAUGUAUACCCAUUUAGUUUGUGGUAGCAAAGUGCGAUGUGAAAAUGUUCACCAGAAUGAGAAACUGAGAUUUCUCAGUAAUGGUGAAUAUUUGGCUCUUUAAACCUAAAACUCUUCAUUGAGUAGCUUGUAUUUGAACAAGACUGGUUAAACAUUUGCCUUUACUUCUGAUUUUGCUUUACUGUCAAAGUUUAACACCUUCCAACUACUCAUGUGUGUCCUGUAACACAGGGGAUUGAACGUAUGAGAGGGAAAGGCAAAGGAAAAAGGAAGCCAGAUACUGGGAGAAUUACUAACUUCUCAUACUUCCCCACAUUGAGAAGCAUUCGGAGUGUAUUUAGCCUGUAGGUGUUGUGAUAUGCAAAUAUUCCAUUCCCUGGUUACUGGCAUUCCUAAGAUUCUUCAUGGUAUUUUCAAACUUUGGAUAAAUUUACAGAUUAGAAAGAUAUCUGACAGUUACCUCUGUUCUCUCUACAACUUCCUUUUGUGCUGCUGGAAAGGAUCUUUGGCUAGGUGGACCAUUAGUUUUAUUCAGUAGUGGCAUUUCCUAUUUUCUCAAAGCCCUUUCAGUUAUAACCACCCCACUAUGGAAUCAGUAUUUAGUUACACAUUUGUAUAAGAACCUGUAUUUUGAAAAACACAUUUGUGUAUAUUUCCUGGAAUUAUUUGCCUGUUAAACAGUGUCUUUCGUGUGCUCUCCCCAGAUUGUAAACGCUGUAAGAAGCAGCCCUGGCUGCCUGUAUCUGUAUCCCUUGUUGAAACUCUGAAAACACUGAAUAACUAAAAUCUCUUCUCAUCCUUUU